AUGGCGAAUCCACGAAUCUUUCACAAUUUCCCAACUCCUGCCAAGGAUUCCACGGAGCCUUUCUGGCAUUAUGAAAAGCAUCAUCUUCAUGAUCAUAGAAGUACUGAUAUUCUGCCAGUCAGUGAAAUUAUCGAUGUCGUUAUUAUUGGUGCAGGCUAUGCCGGAGUAGCCACGGCAUAUAAUCUUGUCAAGAAUGACACUACGUCCAAUUGCCCUAAGCUAUCUGUCAUGAUUCUUGACGCAAGAUCUGUCUGUUCUGGUGUUACUGGAAGAAAUGGUGGGCAUCUCAGACCAGAUCUUUACGGUCACAUCCCAAAAUACAUCAAUAGAGCAGGUGUGAGUGCCGGUGCUGAGAUUGCAGAGUUUGAGAUUGCACAUAAUAUUGACUGUGAUUUCUACUUGACCAGAACAUGUGAUGUAUGGAACAAUCAAGAUGCUGCUGAUGAGGCUAAGGCUGUCUAUGAUCGGUUGCGCCUAAAUCCAGAAUUAUCGUACAUGCAAGAUGUCCACUUUAGCAUUGGUAAAGAUGCUGAGACUAUCUCCGGUGUUAAAGGCGCAAAAGCGUUUUCGACUUACACUGCUGCCACCUUGUCUCCAUACAAACUUAUCACCUCUCUCCUUACUUAUCACCUCUCUCCUUGCUUCCGCCCUAACUACCGGCUCCGUCAACUUUCAAAUAAAUACUCCUCUUAUGGGUAUCACUUGGUCGAAACUCCACGCGGAAUUCUUCGAGUCCGGAAGGUCGUCCACGCAAAUAAUGCCUAUGUUUCUGGUGUUCUCCCCGAGUUAUGCUGCCAUAUUAGAGUUCCCAAUGAUACUACUGCACCUCCUAUCAAUCACUCGUAUAUCGUUCGUACUGAGGAUGGUAUUCUCAACUACCUUGUUCCUAAACCUGAUGGAAGUAUCAUUGUGGGUGGAGCUUCAGCGUUAUUUCGUUCUCACAAAGACCAGUGA